AUGUUCGACGUUAUCACAUUAUCUCAAUUCCUUUCUAUCCAGGAGAAGGGUGUCUCAGCAUGGUCCUUUGAGCCAGACUACGAAACUAUUAAUUCACCUUUGGUUCAUGCUCGCAUGGAAAUCACUUUCCUUCCCGAUCCUGCAUCCGCCUCGCGCGUGCAGUCAAAUUUACCCCUACCCAAAUUGAACGAGGUCUACUAUUGGGAAAUCAAGAUGUUUGAUCUUCCCGAAACUACUACAGUUGCCGUUGGACUGGCCACCAAACCCUACCCACCUUUCCGACUUCCAGGUUUAAACCCUUUCUCCGUCGCUUACCACUCCAACGGUGGCAAGUGUUACAAUUAUCCCUUCACUGCAUCACCAUUCGGUCCUCUACUCAAAGGGGAUGUAGGCACUGGGCCAGCAGGUCUGGUAGUAGCGUUAAUGCUCCUCCAGAACGGUAUACCAGUUCGUAUCAUUGACAAAGACCCUAACCCUCGAAUCGGACAGCGUGGUCCUGGAAUCUGGCCACGCUCCUUCGAACUCUUCAACUUCCUGAAUGUCCCAGAAGUCAACUAA